AUGACUCGAUUCCGACCUUGUAUUGACCUCCACGCCGGAGAGGUCAAGCAGAUUGUCGGCGGAACAUUAGACAGCAAAACCAGUUCCCUCCAAACAAAUUUUGUCUCACCACAUCCUCCCGCUCACUUCGCCAAGCUGUACCGCGACAAUGCCCUCACAGGCGCCCAUGUUAUCAUGCUAGGCCCCGGCAACCGGGAUGCCGCGCGGGAAGCUCUGGCAGCCUGGCCAGGGGCUCUGCAGGUUGGAGGCGGCAUUAACGACACCAAUGCCAAAGAGUGGAUAGACGCUGGUGCUGAGAAGGUCAUCAUCACCUCCUUCCUCUUCCCCAACGGCACGUUCUCCCAGGCCCGCCUCGACUCAGUCCUCGCCGCGCUCGACGGCGACAAGAGCAAGCUGGUGAUCGACCUCAGCUGCCGGCGGCACGGCGGCGAGGACAGGUGGUUUGUCGCCAUGGACAAGUGGCAGACCAUCACCGACAUGGAGGUCAACCAAGAAUCCAUCCGCCUCCUCGAGCCCUCCUGCUCCGAGUUCCUGAUCCACGCAGCCGACAACGAAGGGCUGCAGCGCGGGGUGGACGAGGCGCUGGUGGCGCGGCUCGCCGAGUGGUGCAGCAUCCCCGUGACUUAUGCGGGGGGCGGGCGGCACCUGGCCGACUUGGAGCGCGUCCAGCGCCUGAGCGGCGGGCGGGUCGACCUCACCAUCGGGAGCGCGCUGGACUGUUUUGGCGGGCGCGGCGUCACGCUGGAGGAGUGCGUGGCGUGGAAUCGGAGGCAGGAGGUGGAGGAGAGGGAACAGGGGGAGGGGGAGGUGGCAGGCGAGGCAAAAUAA